AUGUCAUUUUAUCACAAUAAAGAUGAUUGUAUUGUUGAUUGAAAUUUUUUUUGUGAAUAAACUAGAACUAGUGGGACGUAACAGUGGUGCUAGUUGUUUUUCAAACUAUUAGUUUAAUGUCGAGACAAAAAGAUAAUAGUGGUGUGUUGAAGCAACUUUGAACAUAACCUCUUUUUACGCAAGAGCAAUUAUUUUAUUUGAAGAAAAUUGAUUUUAACACAGCCUGAACUUGUAAAUAAUUUAAAUUGGUGUGGAAUCAUUUAAAAUCAUCGACGGAAUAAUAAUAACAAUAGUCUAGUUUUAUAAAUGUCAAAUGUCAAUUAUUAAUAACCAAGUGUGAAUAAGAAAUUUUCUGGGUGAAAAAAUAUUGUGUUUCUUAUUAUAAUUAAACAAAAUGACGAGUACGGCCAUGGAGGAGUACGAGUUAAUGAAAGAUGCCAAAUAUCGGAUGUAUGUGGCUGCCAUAGAUAAGGCUUUGAAGAAUUUUGAAUACACAUCUGAAUGGGCUGAUCUUAUAUCAGCUCUAGGAAAACUAAAUAAGGUGUUAUCAACUUAUAUGAAAUUCCCAGUAAUUCCUAGAAGAAUUAAGAUAAGCAAACGCCUUGCACAAUGUAUGCAUCCAGCAUUGCCUUCUGGAGUCCAUCUUAAAGCGUUAGAAACAUACGAUAUCAUUUUUAGAUGCAUGGGGACAAAUCGGCUUUCCCAAGAACUGUUUAUUUAUAGCGCUGGAUUGUUUCCAUUAUUGGGUCACGCUGCAAUGAAUAUUAGACCAACUUUGCUAACAAUUUACGAAACACACUUUGUACCUUUACGAGAACGACUACGUCCGGCCCUUAGCGGUUUUCUUAGUGGCGUUUUGCCAGGUUUAGAGACGGGUUCCGAUCAUUUUGAUAGAACUAAUACUUUAUUAGAAAAUAUUUGCGACGGUGUUGGUUCGAAAUAUUUUUACACUUGCAUAUGGCAAUGUGUUACAAACAACAGUCCGGUGAGAUUACCAGCCAUUAGUUACGUUUUGACCCAUUAUAGCAGGAAAUUACCAAUGGAUGACCAGUUAUAUCUGAUGGGACAUGAUAUUGAUCUUAUGGUUUGUGGUUUGUGUGCCGCAGUUCAAGAUUCGAGUGUUUUGGUACAAAGAUCGGCUCUAGAUUUAUUAAUGGUGUGUUUUCCUAUGCAUAAUAAACAACUAUUAUAUGCAGAUAUGGUCCGACUUGUAACUGCUGCUUUAUCAACGAUACUGAGACGAGAUAUGUCACUAAACAGGCGUCUUUACUCGUGGCUUGUUGAAGGUGACGCAAACACAUCUAAUCAAGUAGAAAACGAAAAUACUACAAUCUCCGAAUCACAUAGUUCAAUUGCUUACGAUUUACUAAACGACGCUAUUAGAAUAAUUUUACGUAAAAGUAGUACUGAGGUGCCCUUAGAUAUCAAACCUUAUAGACUUUUAACAUCUUUAUUCGAUAAACCGCAAAUAGGACCUGUUAUUUUAGACAGCAUUUUAUACGAUGUUUUUCGGACGUUAUACCUAUCUUGUUUACAACAACAAAAACAAAAGAACAGUACCGUUAGAUGUGUUUCUUUUAAUGGUGAUUUGACAAGUUUAAAAAACACGGACGAAACCGUAUUAAAUAAACAAUUUGUGACGAAAAAAUGUCAAGAAUUGGUGAAAAACGCAAAUUUGAUAUUCAACACGUUGCAGAAUUAUUACAUUUGGUCAUACAUUGAAAAAUUGUACGCCAAUGCAGUGGAAAAUAUAAAGAAUUAUAAAACGAGGGAUAGGUGUCAAGUUAACGAAAUCGGAGCUGGCCCUCCACACAUUUUAGAAAUUUGUAUUCUGACUGAGUUUUUAUUGGAAGUGAUACCAAUUGAGUCGUAUGCGGAGACAACAUCAAAUAUUCUACCGAAUUUAUUUAAUAAAAUUGUUACAACUUUAAAAAUGAAUAUCGAACUUGUGAAUCAGUAUGAAAUAGAGCAUAGUUUGCUUUUGUGUACGAAAAUCUUGACGAAAAUUCAACCGGUGACAGUGACACAAAUCAAAGAAGUUGAUGUAGAGGCCUCGGAAACGGAAAAAUCAAUCGAGACUUCAGUUGUGAUUUUAAGUGAGGAGCCGAGAACCGCUCUUGAAAAAAGCAAAUCAGACUCGAAGAUUAACGAAAAUCUGAACAAAAACGAACUGACUAUAGAUGAUUCGAGUCGAGAGCGAUCCUACAGUAAUCAAAUGUUGAAGAAAAAGGACAAAACUAGUCCAAAAAUCGAAAAAAAGUCAAAAAAUAAAAAAUCAAAAUCGAGUUCGAAACUGUACGAAUUGAACAAGAAUGAGCUUGAAUCGGAGACCGCCGUCGAGGAGCCCCUCUCAGAGCUACCGAAAAUAGUCAAAACUGCUAAAAUUGAAAACAAAUACUUUCUGAGUUGUUUAGACGAAUACAAAAAGUUCUAUGUGAUAUUCAUUGCGUCGAAAGUCUUGCCCGAUGUGGAAAUGAGCACUUUUUACGAAAAAUUACUCUGCGAUAAAGAUGAAAGAACGAAUCGCUUGAUAAAACUAUUAGAAGAGUGUUUACAAAAAGAUAGUGAGUUUAGUCCAGUUGAUUUUAGUAAUAUAAUAACGAAAAACGAAAUUUUGACAGCGACGAAUAUAGUAUCGGAAAAUGCAACAUGCGAUUACGAAUCAGCGAUGAACGUUGCCUCGAAUGUUCUUUUGGAGUUUUCAGCGUUUCCAAAUUUGAUUGGUUGUGAUUUUGAUCGUGUAAUGCCACAAUGGCUGCAAGCUUUGAUUGUGGCGGCAUGUUGUAAGGAGUCGUCGAGAGAGAUACAGAUUACAGCCAUGAGUACGCUUUUGGAAAUUUUCAGUUUAGCAAAAAAUCAAAAUUUUAUGAAAAAAGAUGAUUGUAAUACGAAUAUUGUCAUCACGGGGAUUCUAGAGCGCGAACAUGUGCUAUUCAUUGAGGAAAAUACUAUUGUUAUAGAAGAAAUGUCUCAGAUUUUGUGGAAUUUAUUGGGGGUUUUGAAUAACCAGAAACAGUUACUCUUGUGUGUAACUCUUUUAUAUCAAAUACAUAACACUUUUGACAAUAAACCGUUUGUGGAGCAAGUUAUUAACAAAUAUCUGACGAAUGAAAAUAUUUGUACGGAUUUUAUGAAGAGGUUUUUUCUCUUGUGGCAUUUGGGGAGAGACUUGAACAUCAAAGUUUCACCCAAUAUGACAAAUGUAAGAAAUUUUGACAGAUCUCUGAUGAAAGUCCUCGACAACUUGCAAAACAUCGAAAAACCAAACAUCCAACUACUUGCGGAAUCUUUUCUAACACACAGUCUCCUUCAUGGUGAUGUUCCUCGAAUCAUUAAUCCAAUGCUAGUAAAACUAUUGGCCUCCAACACUGCCAGAGUGUCUAUUCGUCACGUGAACAUCAACGAUUCAGAUGCCCAAAGCGAAGUUACAAUUCAAGACAAUCAAAAAACCGAAGAAUAUCAAACGAAAAAAAUCUACGCUGUGAGUAGCCAAAACGGCAACAUUAUGUAUCACUUGACCAGCGAUCAAGACCAAAAGCCUGCCAAAAGAAAAUGGUUUACAUUUUCGAAAGGAGGCAAAAAAUUCUCACCUACUGUAGUCAAUAUGACAACGAGUGUCGUCGACGAUUUAAAUGUAGUAACAAGAAAAAACAAAGAUUAUAAAAACGUACGGACAACACCGAAAUUGGACAAAAGUUCAAAAGGAAACAUGAAAGUGAUUAUAAACCCAUUAAGUUCGAAAGAGAUUUAUUCGGAUGGGCUUAACGGCUCGUAUUCAAAACUCGACGUUAAUAGGUCUUCCACGGAAAGUUUAAGUUCGAGUAAUGAAGAGAGUCCGGAUUCGUUAUUCAAAUCGUUGCCUCCGGAACCGGAAAGGGAUUCCGGAUACGAGUCAUUCAUUCGGAGUAAAACCCAACUGGACUUAAUUUCGAAUUCUUCAAAUAAACUCCUUGAGAGUAUUGAACCGAUUUCUGAUGGUAUUAAAGAUGAUACUUUGAUAAAUGGCAACGUUACGAAAAUCCCCAAAUCGCAGAGUUUUGAUGAGAAGUGUUGCAACGGAAAGAGUGACGAAAUGGAGAGUUCUUUGGUACAUAGUUGGUCAUAUUGUAUCUCUGACUCGGAUAAUUUAAACGCCGAGCUUGAAAUCAGUACAAGUGCUGAGGAGUUUUUCAAUAAAAGUGACAACACUGUAGUGACUGAAAUUUUAAAUGAAGUGUUGGAUAAAGUGUGCGAAUUGAUUGAUAAUAACAAUCACACACCGACUAGACCGACUGAUCUUGAUUUGAGGUCGAAAAUAACAGUUUAUUCGUCUAAAAACUGUGUUUUAUAUCCAAUUCAUUCACAUAUUUGUCUAUAUUAUGAAGUUUUCGAUUCGAAUCAGAUACUUUAUGCUCUUCAAACUCUGAAAAAUUGCAUCUUGUCCAACCCUCAAUUGUUUAUCAAGUGUUUGGCGACGAGUGGCAUCAAAGAUUUGAGAAAUAAUGACGUUUUGAAUUUACUCGCGAGACACCGAAAGUCAGUUUUGGGGUAUAGUUUUUCCGGAAAAUUAAAUUCCGAGUAUUUGAAUUUUUAUCGUGGAUAUAUGUUUUUGGACGUUGUCAUUUUGAUUUGUUUGAAUUAUGCGAGGACGUUUUAUCCGCAUUUAGACGAUUUAAAUGUCACAAAUGACGACUUGGAGAGUAAUUUUAAAAUUCAAAUAGAAAGUUUGGAAAUUUUGGAUGUGAUUAUUAAAAAAUUGAUUACAAUGGUUAGUGAAAAUUCGAAAGGUUUUGCUAGUUAUAUUGGCGAUAUGUUGAUUAAAUGUAAGCUCCAAAAAGUUGUGUUGCAUUGUUUGUUGACUUCGGUGAGAAAUUUUGACGAAGAGAUGACUUUUGCUGAAGAAGUUUUAUUGUUUAAUAAUUUUCAAUUGUAUGAUGCUAAUCGUAAAGUAGGAGAUCAUGUGGAAGCUUAUCAAACUCGUCUUCUGAGAUUGAUCCACUCGUUGAUAAUUUUGGAGUACCACGUGUUUUCAUCUGCACCACCAGUUAGUAGUUCUUCCCAAGAAUCAGUAACGUUUUCAACUGGCGAAAAUUUAAACUACACCCCAACAAUCCUAAUCCCUCAACAAAAUAUAUUUUUGUCGGCGGUAAUGAGCGCUUUACGGCACACACACAUGAAAAAUUUGCACGAAAAAUGGUUAAAUAUGAUUACAUGUUGUCUUCCGUAUUUUGGAGAAAACAUUAAACAAAUCACAAUUAGUGUAAUUCACCAGAUUUGCAACAACAUUGAGGAGUUAGCAAGUAAAUAUACACAGUCAGAAAUCCACGGUGAAAUUUGUUCGGAUUAUGCCGUUACUCAACUUGAAUCGUUGACGAUUUUAUGUCAUUAUUGUUUACUGGAUUCAUCACAAACUGUGAAUCAGUUGAAUAUUCCCGCCAAUUCGAGUACACCGAUCAGUAAUCCGGGUGAAAUUUUCAAUAAUUUGGUCAGUGCAUUUUUUGCUCCAGUCGGAUUAGAUAAUUCGACAUCGAAACAGAAUUCGGAUUAUUAUCAGAAUGCAAGAAAAACGAUUUUAAGUCAUAUGCCGAGGAUAAUUUCAAGUGUUGCUAAAUUGUGGCAAACUAUAGUUAAUUUGGAAAAUGACAAUAAUGGGGUAUAUGGGAGUUCGAAAGUUGUCAAACAACAACUCUUAGAGUUUCUUAGUCCUAUUUCUGUUAAUCAUGGAGCGAGUUUUUUGGCUGCGAUUGCGGUCGCUUGGUACGAAAGGAGAAACCUUUUUACUAGUAUUAAAGCGGUUUUGCCCGAACCCAACGCCGGCCAGAAUAAUUUAGUUUACCUGAUAUCAGCUAUAAGAGUCAUUCCACUUGAUAAUUUAGUACAAACUGUAACUGCUGUGAUAAAAAACCCUCCUCCUACUGAAGGUCUCAGUGCCGACAUUUGUUUAGAUGUCUCCGUUUUAGAAUUGUUUUAUUGUUAUAUGCGUAAUGCCUCACCAACUCAGUUAACAGAAGCUUGGAAUUCUUUACUUGCCCUAAUCAGAGAAGGUUGUUCGUUGAGUCCUCCUGCACAAUUUCUUUUAGCUGCUUUAUUGCACGAAUUAAUGAUAAAAUGUUGUCCACUUGAAGAGAGGAAAGAUCAAAAAGACUUGCAAGAUGUUACAGCCAAAUUGAUUGAGUGUAUCUCGCAAGUAUGUGGUUCUUGUUUGGAGCAAACAACAUGGUUGAGAAGAAAUUUAGCUGUGAAAGAACAAGACGAAGAUUUAACACCUGAUAGCAAUAGUUUGACAGGAUCUAGUUCUGAUCUUGUCGUUGGAAAUAGUCACAGUGUUCAAGCACAAUUGGUUUUGUCCGAAAUUUUGGCUCCGAUUCUAGAUAUCUGUUUCGGUUCUUCGGAAAAAGAUAAAGUGGUGACAAUUUUAACAUCUCUCAUGUAUAAUAUCGUUCCGUAUCUCAAAACACAUACAAUGAAAAAUAUGCCCAGUUUUCAUGCCUGUUCAAAGUUAUUGGCAGCUCUUAGUAGUUACCAAUAUACAAGGAAAGCAUGGAAGAAAGAUGUGUUUGAGUUGCUUCUCGAUAAUUCGUUGUUUCAAAUGGAUUAUAACUGUAUAAAAUAUUGGAAAAUUAUUGUCGAUAAUUUGAUGACGCACGACAAUACCACCUUCAGGGAUUUGAUGAGUCGAGUUUCUUUGACCCAGAGCGGUAGUUUGAGCAUAUUUUCGUCCAGGGAACAGGAGUAUGAACAAAGGGCACAAUUACUAAAACGUCUCGCGUACGUGAUAUUUUGUAGUGAAAUGGACCAAUAUGCCAAAUAUAUGCCGGAUAUACAAGAACAAUUAACAAGUAGUCUGAGACUGAACGUGCCAGGUGUACAAGCACAAGUUUUUCUUUGUUUUCGUGUAAUUCUAAUCAGAAUGAGUCCGAUGCACAUUACAUCGCUUUGGCCUAUUAUUAUAAGCGAAAUGUUGCAAGUAUUCCUUCAAAUCGAGCAAGAACUAUUGACUGACACCGAGGAGUUUAGGACGGGCAACAGUUAUCAUAUAAAAUUGUUAUCAAGUCUUGAUGCAAGUUGGUCGACGAAUAGCAACAAUGGAUUGCACGCCUUGGGCCACCCUCAUUGGUUGAGACUACAGUUGGCAACGGCAAAAUUACUAGAUUUGGCGUUGUUGUUGCCUGCUGUGACUUUACCCCAGUUUCAAAUGUAUCGAUGGGCUUUUGUCGGGGAUGAUUUAGAGAGGCUUCACAGUUCAGCGGGUGCAUCUUUUAUUCCACACGUGGUCAGGAUAGCCAAUCUUAUGGAUAAAAAAUUCACCGAUACUCAAAUCGAAACUCUGCCAAUGAAACGGAAUGAACUACUACUAACGAUGAACAGUAUUAAUCAACUAAAAGAUUUGCACAGUUUUUUUAAAACUCUUAGUUUAUGUUCUAACCGUCAUAGGACAGAAUGUGGUAAAAUCACCACUAGCGAUCAUCACACUUUAAAUGAUAGACAGUCUGAUAAAAAAUUAAUUAUGAUCUUAGAGAAAAUCGACAAAGUCAUUGAAAUGGAUUUUCUUGAUAAAAUUCCGCGAUAAGUGUAUUUUUUUUAUUUUCCAACAAAGUUCAGUAUUGGAAAAUGUCUCUACGUGGCAACUUAUUGUUUUGUUAUAUCAAAUAGUUUGUGUUUAUUUAUUGACUUGUUAUUGCGGGUGUAAUUUUAUUGUACAUAUGAUUAGCAUUUAAAAGAUUGUGAUUUUAUAUUGUGAUGUAAGAUGUUAGCAUUGCCUAAAUGUAAUUAUUUGUAUUUAACUCUGUAGAUAAUUAAUUAUACACUUUGCUAAAAUAAGCAUAUUGGGAUAAAAU